AUGUCAGAGGCCUCCACCACACCUGGUGAAGCAAACACAGGCCAACCGGCACAGGCACCAUCGGCCCAGCUGAACAGAUCCUGCGAGUCGUGCAGAAGCCUGAAGGUGCGCUGUCUCCCCAGCUCAUCCACGCCCAACCAGUGCCAGCGAUGUGCAAAAGGCAAAAAGGCCUGCGUCUUCGUGGCUCCUCAGCGGCGCCGGCCCCGAAAGCGGACCGACUCACGCGUCGCCCAGCUGGAGAAGGAGAUGCGCAUGAUGCGUUCGCUGCUGAAGGAUCGGAUCCGAGAAGAGAGCGAGCCGGAGUCGGCCGACGGCAGCGAGGGCUCGCGGGAGGACGACGAUGAGAUGGAUUUUCACGACAGUCUGGCCUCCAUCCCGGAGGGCGCCGCCAGUGCCUCCGACGCUGUCCAUUUCAUGGACUACUCGCCCGAUUUCAUCAAUGCCGCUCACUCGGGAAUGCAUGGCAGGGGUCCUCUGUCCGCCCCGCCAUCCUUUGCAGGCCUGCAGGCGGGCUUCUCGCCCGAUCCCAGUAAACCUCCCCCGGAGGACGUGGUGGAUCGAGGCAUCAUCUCUCUCGAGGAUGCCGAGCAGUUGGUGGCGUUCUUUACCCAUGAGUUGGCGAUGUUUUUCCCGCUCGUGGUGCUGCCUGCCAGCACGACGGCGGCGCAGUUACGACAGUCGAAACCGAUAUUGUUUCUCUCUGUGAUCGCGGCGGCGUCAAUCUCUGUCGAUGCGGGACUGGCCAGCGUUUUGAAUCGUGAGAUGGUGCGUCUGUAUGCGGAACGGUUUUUCAUCGAGGGAGAGAAGUCGUUGGAAUUGGUGCAAGCGCUGCUGGUGAUGAUCAUCUUUUAUUUCCCGCCCAUCUCGCCCUUGAAGUUGCAGUUCUAUCAGUAUACCCAUAUUGCCUCGACGAUGGCGCUGGAGAUCGGACUGGCCACCAAGCGACGUGUAUCGAAGAAGAAAGCCGACCGGAAGAGCAGGAAUGAGCCGCAUGAUGAACAUCUGGCCGAGCAGGCGAGAACGGUUCUGGGUUGUUACCAUUUGAGCUCGACUGUCGCCAUGAAAACUCGUCGUCCCAACCUGCUUCAGUAUAAUGAUUGGAUGGUUGAAUGUGUGAAGCAACUGGAACGAUCACCGCAUCGGACGGACCAGCACCUAGCCAUUUGGUUCGAACUGCAGCGAAUAAGUGACGAAGCCAUGUCCUCUUUUGGACUCGAUGACACCAGCUCCUCGUCUCCUCUGACCGAAUCCCGCGUUCAGGCCGUACUGCGAUGGUUCGACAAGCGGAUGGACGCAUGGAAGAAGAGCACUCCCAACGAUAUGCUCACCGUGCCAAUGAUCCUUGAAUAUCGAUCCACCGUUCUCGCCAUGUACGAGCUAGGCGUAGGCGAAGGCUACCGUGAUCCCGACGCUAUCAAACGCCGAUACUUCACUCUCCCCCCACUAGAAGAGGGAGGCAGCACGAAGACCCCCAUCCCUCCCCUCAGCGCAAUCCGAAUCGACAUCAACGUGAAAUGGAUGAAUGCGUCGCAGGAACUCCUCGAUGCAGUGUUGACCUGCAGCACGGACACGAUGCGUAGGAUGCCGAAUCUGAUGUACACCCGCUUCGGCAUGGCCAUGACUUCUCUACUGAAGAUCUAUUUCUCCGUACGCACCGGCGCGCUGGGAGAAGUCGUGACGCCCGAUGCCGUAAACGUGGGGUACUACCUUGAUGCGAUCGCGAAUAAACUGGGCGAGGCGAGCGGAGGCGGAAAGUUCAAGAUUCCGGAUCGGUGGUAUCAAGUCGUGGCUGUCAAGGGUCGGAACUGGUUGGACCGUCUUGAGAAACGAUACUCCGGGGCAAGCGAGGGGACAGCCAUGGGGACAGCGACUGGAUUGGUUUCAGUCUCUGAGAGCCCGUCGACUGGCACGGAGCCGAUCCCAUCGUCACGGAUGCCAGGCUCGCAAGACCAGCCCGCGCAUCUGGACCAGGUCAAUCCAUCUGUGGACUCCUUCUCAGUCCCAGCUGGCGUCUCGCACAUGCCGCCGGGCAUGGAGGGUAUGCGUGAUGGGUAUGUCGCCAUGGGUGGCGCCGGUAUGUGGCCGAUGGAUGGCAGCCAUGGACACGGACAUGGACAUGGACAUGGACACGGGCAUAAUCAGUUCUUCCAGCCUAUGCCUGGUGGAUAUCAGUCUUCGCAUCCACAGGUGACGAUGCCGCCGCAGUUCGCGUAUGAUCCGCAGAGACUACCUCCGCAGGGUGGAGGUAUGCCAGGGACGGGCAUGGAACUGGAUGGCUGGCUUCCUGAUGGGAGCAUCUUUGGGAUGCCUCCUUUGCCGGAAUUUUGA